AUGCCGCCGGCCCACCGAACGCGCGACAGCGACGCGCUCCGCCACAUGCAAACGAGCAGCGACGCGGCCGGUCCCCCUCCGCCCGCCGCCGCCGCCGCCACUGCUGCCGUCGUCUCUGUCGCCUCCAGCCGCCCCCACAGCUCGGACGACCUCUCUGCUGACGUGCUGGCGUCGCCUCCCGUCCACUCGCCGUCGGACGCGCGUCUGCUGUACCGCGAGUGGCGCACGGGCUCACACGUCGGUGGCGACCUCGCGCUCCUCGAGCCCGGCGCCCUCAGCCACCACCGCAGCAGUAGCAGCGCUAUGAACGGCGAUGACGUGCUCAGUCGCUCGCCCUUUGGCGUCUACGGGCGCUCGCCCACGUCGCUCCCGUGCAUCGCCGAGCGGCUCGAGCAUCUGCCGGAACGGACCGAUCGCGCGGAGGGGUCGGCUGUGCUCGUGCCACACGACGUGGACACGAGCGCCCGUCUGCUGUCCCAGAAACUCGCAGCAAUGGACAGCACGCAAGCGGGACCGCCUGUCAAGUCGCAGUCGGGAUCCUACAAGUCGACGCCGGACACGGAAGCAGCGACGGGGAUCAAGAAGGCGCAGAGCUACCAGGGCCUGGCCGACCUGGAGAAACAAGGCUACUUCCCAGUGGCGCCGAAGCCGUCCGCGCUGGGCGUUCAGCGAGGCCUGAAAGACUCGGUGGUGAAUGACAUGUGUCGCGCUGUGGUCAAGCACAUGGUCGGGGACGUCUACGUGUCCGGCUCGGGCUCCUACGGCCAGCGAAAGGUGCUCAAUCAUCUGUACGAGCCCGUAUUUGCAUCGGUGCAGGCUCAUUUCCGGCGACUGCCAGCUCGGUACGCGCUGUCGGUGAACCCGGAUGACGUGCCGCUGCACAUGCGGCUGCUGGCCCAGAAUCAACGAGACCCGACGGCUAUUGCUGUCAAUGCUCAGCUCAAGAAGGAUGACAAUGGCGAGAUCGUGCCCAACGUGUGCGAGGUGGUGGUCGUGUCGCUUGAUCGAGAUAACAUUCUGGACGCUAUAGCACGCGCACUUACUACGAUGAAGGGGAAUAUUCUGGACGCUGACGUGAUGACUACAGCGGAUGGCACAUUGCUGGAUCGCUUUGUAGUGAAGGGAUCAUUCAUGAGUGAUGAGCGCCAGGAGGAGCUUCGUAUGCAUAUCGAACAUAAUCUAUGCAGGCUCAGUAUGGAUGAAGGAGACAUGCGACCGACUAUCACGAACGCACUGGAACCGAGUAGCAGUGAGAACGUAAGCUUGGCCGAGACGCUCGGUGUUCUCCAGAUGGUGGACAAGAACGAAAUUCGAGCCGAAUGGAAACUGAACUUGAACGAGGUGCAGCUGGACAAGGUCGUUGGCAGCGGUCGCUCUGGCAACACCUACAGCGCCUGGUGGCGAGGAACUCACGUUGCUGCAAAAGUCGUGGAUUCGUCUACUAACACCCAGGCAGUCGGAGAAGAGUUGUCAAACGAGUUCCAUCGUGAGGUGGCAGUCGUCACUAAGCUGCGUCAUCCGAACAUUGUUUUGUUUCUUGGAGCAGCUAUUGAUCCGCCGCGUUACUGCUUGGUAUUCGAGUUUAUGGAAAAUGGCACGUUGACCGACCUGAUCCGAUCUCACCGCGGGCCGAUUGAUUUCUUUCGUUUGGCGUCGCAGAUGACAAUGGGAAUGAACUACCUCCACUUGUGCUCCAUUAUGCACCGUGAUUUGAAAUCCAGCAACGUGCUCAUCGAUUCGCAUGGGACCGCGAAGAUAUCUGACUUUGGACUGAGUUGCGUACUAGAGAUCGGCAGCUCGUCCGACUUGACGGCGGAGACAGGGACAUACCGGUGGAUGGCGCCCGAGGUCAUUCGCCAUGAGCCGUAUUCCACCAAAGCCGAUGUCUACAGCUUUGGAAUCGUGUUGUGGGAACUGCUAACAAGAGAUCAGCCUUUCCGCGGUCUGACGCCCAUUCAGGCUGCUUUCGCUGUUGCUCGCCAGCACAUGCGUCCUGCGUUGCCGCGCCAGACACCGGUGAAAAUUGGAGAGCUGAUCGAGCACUGCUGGCAUCACGACCCCUCGCGGCGGCCAGACUUUGGCUCGAUUUUGGUAGCUCUUCCGUUGGUGAAGAGAUCGCUGAAGAAGCGUGAUUAUAAGAAUAUGAGCAUCCUGUAUGCGGCUCCUUGA